AUGAAUAGAUUAUCCUAAUUGAGUGGACAAUAUGAUGAAGAGUAGAUGUUGCAGUAGUAGAUAAUUGAAUUGGAUAAUUGGUUCAAGAGUCCGCGUUUCAAUAAUGUCCUGCGUCCAUACACAGCUAAAUAGGUUGCUGAAGUAAGAGGAUAGAUUGUGCCUAACCAAUUCUCUGAUUUCAUGGCAAGGAAAUUCUAUAAACUCAUGAUGGAUUUAAAAAAAAGCAAAGGAUUCUCACUUGCAUGUGGAGCUCUAGAUACUGUUUAGGUUAUUAAUAUGUCGAAAUACAUGACAUCAAUAUAUGUAUCAGGUUGGCAAUGUUCUUCUUCAGCUUCUACAACGAAUGACCCAGGACCUGAUUUUGCUGAUUAUCCAUAUGACACUGUGCCUAAAAAAUGUGAUUAGUUAGUCAAAAUGCAAAGAUUUUAAGACAGAAGAUAGUAAUAUGAAAGAAGCCUAAUUACUGCUGAAUAACGAAAAUAAAAAAAACCUUAUGAUUAUCUAGUUCCUGUCAUUUGUGAUGCAGAUGCAGGAUUUGGUGGUACAAGCAGUGUAAUGAAAUUGACAAAAUUAUUUAUUGAAUCUGGAGCUGCAGGGAUUCAUUUGGAGGAUUAAAGACCUGAUUUGAAGAAAUGCGGCCAUAUGGCUGGAAGAGUUGUAACAUCUACUAACACUCAUGUCUAAAAGCUCAUAGCCUGUAGACUUUAAGCUGAUAUCAUGGGAAAUGAAUUAUUUAUUAUUGCAAGAACUGAUGCCUUAGGUGCACGAUUCAUAGAAACAAAUGUAGAUUUGAUUGAUUAACCAUACAUUCUUGGAGUAACAAAGUUUCAUGAUAGACCUUGCACUUAUCCAGAAGCAGGAGUUUUUAUAAUCGAACAAAUGAUCGAUAAAGAUAAGAGAAUAUAAGCCACUAAUUAAUGGUUGAACCAAUGUGAAAUUGGAGGAAUCAAAAAAGCUAAGGACUUAGCAAAGAGAUUAGGAUUUGAACUUGAAUUCGAUUGGGAGUAAUGUAGAAAUCCUGAUGGGUUCUAUGCUCUUAAGAGUAGUGUUCAUUAUUGUGCAAUAAGAGCUAAAGAAUAUUUAAAAUACGCAGAUGCUUUGUGGAUGGAAACCUCAACACCUGAUUUGAAAGUUGCCAAGGAACUCUCUGAUGAAUUACAAUUUGAACUUUAGCAUAAUAAGGUCCUUUGCUAUAAUUGUUCUCCAAGUUUUAAUUGGAGUAAAUUCGGAUUCUCAGACAGUGAACUCAAAAACUUUAAUUCUGAAUUAGGGAAGUUAGGGUAUACUUGGCAAUUUAUUACAUUGGCAGGAUUUCAUUUAAAUGCAUUACAAAGUGAAAGAUUCUCUAAAGAUUUAUCCGAGAGAUAUAUGCUGGCCUAUGUUGAGGAUAUUUAAAGAAAGGAAGAGAAACAUAAUGUUGAUUAAUUGAGACAUCAAAAAUGGUCUGGAGCUGAAAUAAUAGAUCAUGUUAUGACUAUUGUUAAUCAAAGUACAUUGAUAUCUUCAGGCGAAGACUCAACUGAACAUUAAUUCGACAACAAAUGAUUAUGUGUUAAAUA